CUGAACCGAGAAUUAAGGGCAAUGCUGGCGAUUGAAGACUGGCAGAAGACAGAGGCGCAAAAGCACCGAGAGCAGCUGCUGCUGGAUGAACUGGUCAUACUGGUCGACAAACGUGAUGCGCUGGUCCGAGACCUAGACGCCCAGGAGAAAGAGGCUGAGGAGGAAGACGAGCACCUGGAGAGAACCCUGGAACAGAACAAAGGCAAGAUGGCAAAGAAAGAGGAGAAGUGCGUUCUUCAGUGACGGUCAAAAAAAGGAGCAAGAUGACAUAUACACUACAAAAUCUUGAAAUGUAUUUGUGUCAUAGAGACCACAGCAUACACCUUAUUAUUGUUGUUUUAAAUCUUCAUAUGUAGAUCUUUUUGUUAUCACUAAGGGCUUAAGAACUGCUGAAUGCUCUGAGAUGCAUCCUGUUUUAUUAAUACCUGAGAUUUAUUAUUUCACAUACACAAAUACAAAAAUGUUAUUAUUAUUAUUAUUAGGUUUGGUUUGUUGGAUUUCACAAACAAGGUACUUAAGGAACUAAUAUUUGAGGAGAUGCAAAGCUGUACAAUUUCGAAAACUUUGACUAAAUGGUUAAAUCCAUUAUAAUACAGAUUAAUCUGAACACUAAGGCAUUCAAAGCCUUCCGAAUGUGUUUCUCUUUCUUACAGGAAAUUAUUACUCAGUUUCGGUACAGCAUUUAACCUGGGACAUUUUUUUAUUUGUGAAUAGGAUUGGGUUUCAAAAUCAUAUCACAUUUCAGUUUUAAGAAAAUCUAUCAACAUGUUCUUCUCUAACAAGAGCUGAAAUGUUUUAAUUACUUAACUUUCUAAGUGUAUAAUAUUUGAGAAGGGGGACUUGUUGCGUUUAAAAAUAUAUUUAGUGUUUUUUUUAUGUUUAAUAUGUUUACCAAACAUUUUAGAGCUUGCUUUAAUGAGAGGAGUGAAAUACUGCGAGUGCAUAUAAAAAAUAAACGGUCACGUUGUAAAUUUCAUUUUACUGUUGGAGGCUUAAAAAAGCUUGAAAAAAACAUUUAUUUUCAGAAGCAGUCACGAUCAGUGUAAUUUAUUACUGUUUGCUUUUAUUAAAGUUUGAGACGUUUUUAAAGUAACCAUCUUCACAAUCCUGUACAUUUGCUCAAGGACUUCAAUAUUUAUUGUAUAGUUUAGAAGGGAGGCUUUUCUUGUCCACAUAUUUCAGUUUCACGUCUUUAUUGUAUGAGCACCACCGGUUUAUUUAUUCCCCUGUACUAUAAAUAUCACUGUUCAAUAAAAUCCAAAUGAUUUCAUACUCGAAUUACACUUGGUGUGGUUUUGGUUACUAAUGGAUAUGGCCUUGUGCCCCUGCAGCAAAUGUUGUGUGCCAUUUUUUUAAGCUGAUACUGAAUGAACCUAGAAUUUAAUUGUU